UUCGAAGUUUUUGUAAUGCAUUUAACCGUGUUAUGUGAAAAUCUUGAUAUUCUGGUCUGUAAUUUAAGAAAACAUGCCGAAAAUAUCAAACAAUAACGUUUUUCGGUCACGAACCUCUGACCUUUUAAAAACCAAUCGAAAAACGACUUAAAACCACGUGACUAAGUAAAUGUAAGAUUCUUUCGCAGAGAAAAACUUGUGCUUGGAUUUCGAAGCGUCAGUGACAGUUAUUCUGAAAGAAAUCAGGAAAUACACUAUUUUAGAUUGAGUUACGUUGAGAACUGGUGGAUUGGAGUUUAUUUCAGGUAGUAGUGCAGUUAAAGACUAGAAAAUGUCAGGGCAACCACAAACAAAUCGUGUGCCCGGGCCUAUGAAGGCUGUGAUGCCAUUUCAUCUAAGAGGCACCCACAGUCCAAGUGCAUCAUCGCCCACCCAGAGUAGGUCCCCGUUCAGAACCGACAGACGAUCGCCAGUUAACUCUCCCAAUGCAAAAGCUGAGAAGUCCAAGCCUGUACACGCGUGUCCCUCAUCAAGUCUGCGGAGAACUAACUCCCUGGACACGAUAGGCCCCUGUUACCUGGCUGGUAGAUGGCCCGUGGACACAGGGUCCCAUGGAUCCUUCAUGAGGGACAAGUUCACACAGGCACCAGAUGACCUCAAGGAUGAAGUGCACAUGAAAGAGAAUAAAGUUGAAAGAAAAAAGAAAAAACAUAGAAGAUCUGCGUCCUUUGGGCAUGCGGAUAAAAAACAGCCAUUAGAGCUCAGCAGUAUACGUCAGAAGAUCAAGUCCAACAAAGGCCUGGAAACAAAACAACGAGUCAGUCCUGUGCCAGCCAAUCACAAUGCUCUCUUGCAGACAGCUCCCGCAGUUCUCAUGCGAUCAGUUCCCAUUCCAGUUGUAAACUUCCAACGAUCCACGCACAGGUCAUGCCCUCGAAACAGUCUUGAGGGGGACAAUGGGGAGGUGGAGUAUUUGGUGGAACGGUUGGAGACCACCAUGCACAUUGAGGGAGAGACAGAGAGGAUGAUCCAGAUACCGGACGGCCACAGAGCCCCAGUUCCCGCAGGUACCCGCAGCAUCGACACCCAGACACCGUCCUCCUCGUCCCGGGGCUCGGAAGAACUUCUCCUAAAUGAAAGAUUCUCAGGCCGAAAUUCCGGACGCAGCUCAGGGGGUCGUAGCUCGUGCAGUCCGGUGUUUAACAGUCCAUUCCCAAGCCAGUCGUACAGUCCAACAAUUCCCAUUAUGGCUGGAGUGGUGUCAAUGGAUUCCUCCCCUCGGCCGUCCAGCAGCUACGACUCCUCUGGUAGCACACCGAGAGACGCAAAGUCUGACAAGGAGCCAGGUGAUUUAGAGCGUCUAUCGCCAGAAGUCCACAACAAGAAGGCUGCCAGUCCGAAACCAAAGUUCGUACGUGAGCCGCCUGAUGGCUGUGAGAAAGUACAGUCCAACGAAGAAGACAGCCAACCGUCCAUCAAAGAGCCUCUGCUGUUCUGCCCUAUCGUGAAAACAAAGUUUGAACUGAAGCCGAGCCAAAGGUCAGCCUUCUGCCCGCUGAAGAAGUUGUAUACCCCACCUACCUUCACAUCGACCAGUACAUCUGCAUCUAUCGAAGGCCACUAGCUGGAACGCCCGUUCAACUUGAUUGGGCAAGCUGUAGUCUUCUUUCGUGAUGGGGGACUAUAGGAGGGCAUUCUAUUUGUAGAAGAUGAUGGAGUUCUAUUUAUAGAAGACUGCUCUAUUGAUCAAAGAUGAUGGAGUUUUUUCUAUAGAAGAUGCUCUAUUCAUAAAAGAUUAUAAGAGUUCUAUUUAUAAAAGAGAGUUUUAUAUAUGGAAAAUGAUGCACAUUUCCACUAAACGAAAUGAUACAUGUCUUAUUUAUGGAGUUUAAUGGUCUAUUUAUAGAAAGUCAGCAUAAGUUAUUUAUAGAUUCUGAUGUUAUAUUCUAUUUAUAGAAAUAUUUAUAGGAUUAUGUCCUGAAUGAUAAAGGACUGCACAGUCUUAUAAAUAAUAGUGCCAGUUUGUGUUUAUGGUGAAUAGAAGCAAUGCAAAUUAGCUUAUUACUGCAUAUCGCUGAUGCCUUAAUAGCAUUCACUUCUAUGCACUGAAGUUGGUGAUUUCUGUUGCAGGGGUCAACGUGUAACUAUUGUACCUGCCUCACAUUUUUAAGUCAGUUACAAUAGUACACACUUAUCAAAAUGCAGGUGUUGAAAGGUUGUAUUUUUGUUCAGAAACAAAUUAAUGGCCUAAGAAAAUGGCUGUUCUCAUUGUGCUUGCUCAUUGGGCAGUAGCUCAAAGACUUUGUAGCUGUUCUUGUGUGUAGUGCAGGGAAAGUUGGGCCAGAAUUCCCCAACAUAUUAGUAGACUUAAGUAUGAGAAUAAAGAAAUGACUUGGAAGCAAGAAAAGUGUGUUCGGUGUUUGAAUAUAUACAGGCCUCCACUGGGAUUAUGUCAUUAACAAAAUGUUCUACAUUAAGAAUGAUAUAGAUAGAGGUGCUUAUUGCCAAGCUUCACUCAAAAUUCAAGCAAUUCUUGAAUAUACCAACUUAAUGAAUAUUCUUUAUUCUUAGACAUAAGUAUACAAAUUGUUAGGUGAAUAAGGGCCCUGAUGUUCUUAUUGUCUUGGCCGUAUUAUGCUUUGCUCACACAUUGAGAAAACAUUUCUGCCAAGUGGCUUAAGAGUAUCAAUGUAUAAUUCAUUCUAGCUGCCAAUUCAAAUCCACUAUUAUGUAUUUGACAUUUUAAUUGGCUAAUAAUGAGACAUAGCAUAUCAAUUAUGUCCUGUUUGUGUUAUGUAACAGCAAUUUCCAUUGGUUACUGUACUAAAUGUAAUUUUGUGUGUUUUUGGAACAGCGAUUUUCAUUUGUUAGUGUACUGCAGGAAAUUGCGUCUGAAAGUCAUUUUGUUAAUCAAUAUUAUCUUUCUUUGGCCUAUAUUAAAAUAUAUGAAAUUGGAUAUUUAUAACUUGAUAAGCAAUACAGUAUACACUAUUAAAUAAUUUAAGAAUGUACGGACAGUUGAGAAUAUUAAAUAAUUUAAGAAUGUAUCAUUUUCUAACUGUAUUAACUCUACUCCUUUUCAUGUUCUUCUCAAAAGUAUUUUUUUAAAUGGUCAUCAGAUGAUAUUAAUUUUCUUUCAUUUUUUAUAAAAACAAAACUACUGCUAUGCUUUUCUUGUUAAGGCCAGCUUUUCUUGUGGUAAAAUAUUAGAAUUCGGAUAAUACAUGUUGAUACUUUGACUAUUAUGACUUAUUUAUUUCUUGUUUACUUGCUUGGUCCACUUUUUUAAUGCUCCCCCGAAAUUUAUUUUGGGGGGAGCAUAUAGUCGCCGCUUCGUCUGUCCGUCCGUGUGUCCGUCCGUGCACAAUUUUGUCCGGGCUAUUUCUCAGCAACUAAUGACCGGAAUUCAAUGAAACUUAAUGGGAAGCUUCACUACCAAGAGGAGAUGUGCAUAUUAUCAGUGGGUUCUGGUCGGAUGAUUUUUCACAGAGUUAUGGCCCUUUGAAAUUUUCCAUUAACUGUACAUAUAGUGCAAUUCUUGUCUGGGCUAUUUCUCAGCAACUAAUGACCGGAAUUCAAUGAAACUUUAUGUGAAGCUUCACUACCAAGAGGAGAUGUGCAUAUUAUCAGCGGGUUCUGGUCGGAUGAUUUUUCACAGAGUUAUGGCCCUUUAAAAUUUUCCAUUAACUGUACAUAUAGUGCAAUUCUUGUCCAGGCUAUUUCUCAGCAACUAAUGACCGGAAUUCAAUGCAACUUUAGGGGAAGCUACACUACCAAGAGGAGAUGUGCAUAUUAUCAGCGGGUUCUGGUCGGAUGAUUUUUCACAGAGUUAUGGCCCUUUGAAAUUUUCUAUAAAAAAUUCUUGUUCCUCCAACUACUGUGCCCUCAAGACGUUUCCUUUUAUCUAAAUAUAUAGUGCAAUAUUGUGACAAAAAAACCUUUGGGGAGCAUCACCCGUCUCCAACGGUUUCUUGUUCUUAAAUGUUAAGUGAAACUAGUUUCAGCAUUUGAGGAUACAAUAUAGUUGAACUGCGUAUGUUAUUUGAGUUGAGUGAAGUGUAACCUAUUUCUAAGUGACUAAUAGCCUGUAUAUACUUGUUAAAUUAUUAUUUUUGUACUGUUCUUGACUUCUUUAUGAGCAGAUGUUUGCCCGUUUGUUAAUCGUUACUUUUUUGCAUGUUAACUUUAAGUAAAAGUUACUGUUACAGUUGGCAUAAAAGUUUAUAAUGGCAGGUGUUUUUGUCCCCUACCGGUUUCACCGGAGGGGACAUAUGGUUUGCGCUCUGUCUGUCAGUCUGUCAGUCAGUCGCACUUUUCUGGAUCCUGCGAUAACUUUAAAAGUUCUUAAUAUUUUUUCAUGAAACUUGAAGCAUGGAUAGAUGGCAAUAUGGGCAUUAUGCACGCCAUUCAGUUUGUUCCUACUUUAAAAAUUCUGGUUGCUAUGGCAACAAUUAGACUAGAAAUACUGCUGAAAAUGGUGGUUUUCUUGAUCCUGCGAUAACUUUAAAAGUUCUUAAUAUUUUUUCAUGAAACUUGAAACAUGGAUAGAUGGCAAUAUGGACAUUAUGCACGUCAUUUCAUUUUGUUCCUAAGUCAAAAAUUUGUGUUGCUAUGGCAACAACAUUUUUUUUUCUGACAAUGGUGGAAUUUCUGACAAUGGUGGAGCCGGUAGGGGACUAUAUU